AUGUCUCGUACAUCUUCGAGGCAGGCUGCCUCUCUUCCUUCCUCGCCGUACCAAAGCAGGAAUGGCAGGAGAAGCUCGACUUCGUCAUCUGAUGGAUGGUGGGAGCAUGUGCUUCCAGAAGGCCAGUUGGCCGAGCGUCUCCGCAAGGCUCACGAGCCCAACGCCAAUUCUCUGAACGUACCGACGUCCACUUCCAGGCGGGGACGGAGAGAUAUCAGCAGCACCCCUACCACGCCUCGUCUGCAGACUCUUCCUGCGCCACGCAGCAUUGUGUUUCCCUCAAGAGACAUCCCGGAUGUAGAAGGCUCAAGCGCAGGCUCUCGUGCCUCUUCCACCGUCGGCUCUGUAUCAUCCAUGCGGACCAACUUCGACAAGCCUUUGAAGAGCCCGAGAUCCGCAAAGCUAGCUGAUACAAUUGACACUACAAGGAAGGGCAAGACUCCGCUGCGAGGCAGUGAGGCCCCUCGAAGCAGGCCGCAAUCGCUAAAGGAGCCUUCAGGUAUUACGACUACGGAUACAAGGCGGAAGCCGCUCUCGCAGGUGUCUUACCAGCCCAAGCCGUUUCCGUCGCUCUCGUUAUACGGAUCACGAUCGCCACUGUCGAGCACGCCAGAGGUCAGUUCUGGCUCGGAGGCAGAGGACGAUGCAACAAGCUCAUCAUACCGCAGACGGACACGAUCAGCUGUAUCUCUCUCUGCAAUGGGUGCUGCACAGACGCACACGUCCGCCGCAUCUUCUUCUUCUCAUUCCACGCAACUCUCCUUUCAUUCCUCGUUCUCCCGUAGUACAGGCAGAGCUGCCUCUCGAAAGGUCAACUUCGAGCUGGACCAGGCAGCGCCUCUCAAGUCCGAGGGAGUCGCAAGUCGCACUCCUCAGUCAUCCGAAAGGCCAACGAGGACCGGGCUAUUCGCUGCUGAGGGACUCCUCAAUCCGCAAUUCUUCCAAGCUCUCCCAUCGCGGCUACCCGCCGACCCCACGUCAGGUUUGCCGCAGAGACGUACUACCGAGCCGCCCACAAAUUCGAACCACUCAGCAAUAGAAUCUCUUGCAGCAAGUGGAGCUCAGCACUGGUUCAAUUCUGCGUCCUCCAGUACAAUGUCUCGGAGACGGACCAGGACCUUGUCUAGAGAUGGCUUCGCAUCCCAGCGUACCGCGACUUCUCGACGUCCUGGCUCUGCCGGCGAAAUGGCUCAUCAGAGCCCUCGAGGCUCCAUUCAUCUCUCGGAUGGGGAAAAGGACAGAAUCAAGCAAUCCCUCGCGGCUCGAAGAACCGGUGGGAGCGUGCCGGAAAGUAAAGCUGCUCUUGAGUACCCUACGCCGUUGGACCUCCAACACCUGCCUCUAUCUCGCUCUCUGCAACACGCCCAAGAUUCUUUAUUCAGGACUACUACCAACGCGCUAGGUUUCUCAAGGUCGCUUCUAUCUGUGCCAGGCCCCCUGUUUAGACCGCUACUGCACUUCACACUCAUCUGGUGUGUUUCGGGAGCGACCGUCAUGGCUCUGGUAGGCUGCCUGAUGAUGAGCUACUUCCUGACCGCUUGGGACGAUGUGGCCCCCAGUCGCAAAUGGGCUCACUCGCAAAGCAAGGGCAAACAAAGGGCUGCCUCUGAAAUGAGAGAAGGGCAGUACGAUGAUGACUCGGGGUCGAGUACAAUCAGUUCAGAUGGGCUGAACACGGGAACCAACACCACGGCUACCACGACUUCUGGCGAAACCUCCCCUGGCACGAACCCUUCCAGUCGUCGCAGCAGUACGACGAUGGAGCUCACCAGGCACGCAUUGGACCAUCUCGUGCUCCACCCGCUCACCUACGCCGCCAGCGUACCCAUUGCCGUCGCCAAGAGUUUCACACCCUCAAUGGUCGAGUCGGCCUCGGCUUCCAGUCGUCGAGCCUCCCUCGCAGCGGAGGACGCAAUGAGGCAUCCCAGUAGUCUUCAUCGACACCCAAGUGCUGCGAACGAGGUCGUUUCUCCACCACUGACUUCGCCAGCCUCAUCGAACAAAUCGGCACCUCCUCCUCCUCCUCCAAAACCCAAAGACCUCCCACCACGACCACCCCUCUCGGCACUUAUACCCAGCAUGCUCUUCACGAUUCUCAUUGCCGUUGGAGCAGGUCUAGUUGGUGGUUGGGCCAAAAAGUACAGUAAGCCCACGCCUCGCAGUACACCUUCUGCUUCAGCUGCAAAUUCGGGACGCACGACUCCUACGACGAGUAAGGCUCACGCUGCUGCUAUCCCUGUGGAGGAUGAGGAUAGCACGGAGCGAGAAGAGGAGGCAGAUGCGAUGUAA